AUGACAUCCAUCACCAUCCUCGCCGCCCUCCUCCUCAUCAGUUGGACAUUUACCAUCCUCCUCAUCCUUAUCCUCGCCUUUGCCAUCUUUUUCCUUAAAGACAGCUACACCUUCAAGGUCCACCUUGAACGCGUCCCCACUCCUCUCACCACCACCCCCAUCGACAAACAAGCUCUCAACUGGGCUAACAAUGGCACACAAUUGCCCCCUUCACCGCCGUCACCCUCGCCGUCAUUGACAAGCACCCCCACCUUCUCCUCCUCGCCCUUCUGGGCUUCUUCCUAA